AAUUAACAUAGAAAUUCUUAAAAAUUCUAUAAGUAGAAUUUUUAACCGUCACAACGUCAAUGUGAAUGGUUUUGUCAAGAAAAAACAAAUACAACUACCCUGUAAAAAAUGUCACUCUGGAAUGCUUCCAUAA